CAAGAGCGUCAGAAACACGAAUUGCCAGCCACUUGGCAUCCAGUCAGCCGGCGAAUCGCACGUGCAGAUCGCAAGCACAAAUUUGAGCUACCGUGACAGCUGCACCGAAGACAUGGCAGCAGCGACCGCCACCCUCGACACUGGGGAAUUACUCGAGCUCAUCUUGCUCAAUUUGGACACCAAAACCCUGCUACUCUCCCAGCGCGUCGAUAGGAGAUGGCACUAUAUCAUCCGGCACAGCAAAAUGCUGCAAAAGAAACUCUUCCUGCUGCCGACCAAUUCUUUUGACGAGAUCCUGGAAUUGGGACUGCUGGAUGCCUCCAAGUCGGAGAGAUACAACAUUCUGGACGCGACCUCGCAACGUAGCAAGCAGUUCUUAGAACAAGUCGUCAUCCUGAAUGAUCUCCUAUUCGACACAACGAGAGAAUGGAAGCUCAGGAGUGUGGCAUUCGCUGAUCCGGCCACAAGGAGCGGAACCUUCAUCCCAUCGUGGCAGAGAAUGUUGCUCACUCAGCCUCCGCCCAGCACGGGCAGAGGAGAUGUCAUGUUCUGGUUCGAAGACUCGCAUGACAAUGACGAGCUUUGUGAGGGCGUCAACACUCUCGGAGACAUGAUGCAAAAGAUCUAUGUUAAGGAAGCCAGCUUACCAGGCUUCGACGUCGACUGGCAGUCUGCCGCUGUGCGGCCUGUCAAGCACGCUGUCGACGGCACGUAUUAUAUGAAGCUCAUGGUACAACGCCAGAAGGAUGCUGUCAAGCUUCCGGUGAAGAAGGUCCCUUCGUUGACUGAUGUCCGGAAGGCUGCGGAGCUCACGACUCGCUUCGAGAACCGCUUCCAGGAUGAUUUUUUCGUCGACGAUGAAUUCGAUAACGUGCAGACGACAGCAGCGACGCAUGACGACGCGAGCUGGCCCUCUGAUCAGGGCGCAGAGUUUGCAAACCUUUGACGACAGUUGUGAAGCCCAGCUUUUAUUCUUCAGAGGCGACCUCUGACCCUCAGCUCGCCCCUUGUUCCCUCCGACACGCAACGCCUUGAGAGUGAGCCUGCAUUGGUGACGGCUGCGCAACUCUAGGUGUC